AUGAUGCUGGCCCUCUCAACUGCGGUGUCUGGUUCAUCUCUUUCGGAGUUAUACAUAGAGUGCAUGCAGUCAUUUGGAGAAUUCCUUCUCGCCCUUAGCAAUAGGGAAUGCCGUGUUAUCCGUCUUGGGCAGGUUCAGCUUUCGGAAAUUCUGGAAGAGUACGGAAGGACCAAGGUUUGGGGCAAUCAGACUAAUGCAGAAUUACCGGCAAGAGCGCGUGGGUCUUUGGAUGACACCCUCCGCCACGAUGAUGAGCUCAAAGAUUUGGUGCAGGCCAUUCUCAUGCGACUAAGAGUACUCCUCAACCAAGGCAAGUCGUGCAGUGUCAGCGCCGACUCAGCUUCUGAUUCAGACGGCGAGGGCGAGCGCCAAAGCCAUAGGAUGCCGAAGGUUCGUCUGCUUGUCCAGCAGACGCUGGAGCAGAUCCGAUCGCUUUACGACAUGUCUGCUUUGCUACGGCGCCCUACGAUCGCCGACAAAUAUAUCCGCUCUGUGAACUCAAGAUUGAAUAUAGCCACGCCGAGCAAUGCUGGCUACUUACCAAUGAGUAUCGGGCUCAGCAGAUUUGAUGAAGCCCACAUAGUAGAAAAGAUGUUGCAAUGGCGUGGCUUAACUAAGAGCGCGCGGCGUAUUGAUUUUGAGGUUGAGGGCGUUGCUCCGAUAGGGCAAGGCCUGAAAAAGUAUUUAAUUGAUGACAUUAUGUGGUUUUGCCAACGGCUUGCAGUAGCGAACACAAGGCGACGUGAACAGUUUCAAUACUGGGCUGAUCAUCCGUAUGACCCCAGGCACGACACUACUACCAACGAAGCCCAACUUGCAACACGAAGUCUAGCCCAGUCUCACACUGAGGAAUCUGAAAAUAAUCUGGAACCAGAAAGCCGAGCGCCAACUCUUGAGCCUUCCAUUCAUGUCCCGCGAGAAGGGCCCAAGUCAGCUCUAUCGAAGCAAAGCUUCUCUACUGCUGCCGUCUCAGACAUCUACGAUACGAAGACCAACGUACGACCGCGGACUGUCUACGCGCCCACAGUCGCUGGUCAAGGCCGUUCCAAUUCUGUACCGGAUCCCCCAAAGAUAGAAAUCGGUACCACCUUUUCAUGUCCGUACUGUGGGACGACUCUCGAGUCUAGCGAGAUGCAGAACAGGCAGUCAUGGAAGCGUCAUGUGUUUCGUGAUCUCCGUCCCUACGUCUGCACAUUCGAGGACUGCCAGAACGCAGAAAAGAAAUGUCAGCGCAUCUUCGAGAACAUUACGAUGAAUCAGUUUCGCCUGGGACAUCUAGCCGUUCACAUGGAGGACAUCGCCCUCUUCGUAUUACCCAAUACCAAUGGAGAGGAGCAGGUUGAGGAUUCAAAGGCCUCGGUGGAUGUGGCAAAGCAAAACUCUGAAGGCAAAAUCACUGGCACAGAGUCAGAGCCAAGCAGUCUUGGCUAUUCUGUAGCCGGCGAUGAUAAGCAAAUUCCAACCGAUUUCGCAAAACUUCUCAUCAGCGAGGAAGAGAGAUAUACUUCAAAAUUUCUGUCUUGGAGAACAGACGAUGAUCGAGAAUCUUCACCAAUGAAGUGUUUGACAGAGACGAACAACACGAACCUCGGCGGGGAUCAUCCCGAUACAACAGCGCUUUUGGUCGACCUAGCGUCGGCAUGUUAUGGGCAGGUCCACAUCGAAGCGGCCGAGCGGCUCCACAUUCAGCUAGAAGAGACGAGCGGAGUACUCGACGAGGACCAUCCCGACCCGCGAGUGAGCAUAGCUAGCCUGUUGUGGACGUACAAAAGUCAGGGCCGCUGGGAAGAGGUCGAGCGGCUCCAGAUACAAGUGGUAGAGACGGUUGAACCAAUACUCGGCGAAGACCAUCCCGACACACUCGCUAUUAUUGCCGACCUAGCUUUGACGUACACAAAUCAGCGCCGUUGGGCAGAGGCCGAGCGGCUUCAGGUACAGGUGAUAAAGACAAGGAAAAGAUUACUCGGCGAGGACCACCCCGACACAGUCGCUAGUAUGGCCGAUCUAGCGUUGACGUACACAAACCAGGGCCGCUGGGAAGAGGCUGAGCGGCUUCAGGUACAAGUGGUAGAGAUAAGGCAACAAAUACUCAGCGAGGACCAUCCCGACACACUCGCUAGUAUGGUCGACCUAGCGUUGACGUACACAAGCCAGGGCCGCUGGGAAGAGGCCGAGCGGCUACAGGUCCGGGUGGUAGAGACAAGGAAACAAGUACUCAGCGAGGACCAUCCCGACACAGUCGCUAGUAUGGCCGACCUAGCGUGGACGUACACCAACCAGGGCCGCUGGGAAGAGGCUGAGCGACUUCAGGUCCAGGUGGUAGAGACGUUUAGAGAAAAGCUCGGCGAGAACCACCCCUACACGUCAAGGAGCAUAGCUAGCCUAGCGCGGAUAUACAUAAAGCAGGGUCGGUUGGAGGAGGCCGAGCGGCUCUAG